AUGCUUGGGAAUUUGUUGUUGUUGUUUCUGUGUUUGUCCCAGAUAGCGCAGAGCAGCAUCCCGUUCCGCCGGAAAAGCAAUAAGUCACCAGGGAACCCAGUGGUGCUCAUUCCCGGUGAUGCGGGAAGUCAGCUAGAGGCUAAUUUAACGGGAAAACCGGAGGUGGUGCACUACAUCUGCUCGAAAUUGACGCUAGACUACUUUGAUUUGUGGCUGAAUCUGGAGUCUUUUUCACCGGUGGCUAUUGAUUGCUGGGUGGACAAUAUGAAGCUUGUUUACAAUACCACUUCCGGGCUUUCGUCGAAUAUGCCAGGUGUUGAUAUCCGAGUGCCCGGAUUUUCGGCCACCGAAACGAUUGAAUGGUUGGAUCCAAGUAAUGCUUCAACCGGUUCAUACUUUUUCACGCUUGUCGAUAUGAUGGCCCAAUGGGGGUAUAAACGCGGGAAAAGCGUGGUGGCUGCCCCGUAUGAUUGGCGAAAAAGUCCUGUCGAAAACGACGGCUAUUUCGUGCUUUUGAAAUCGUUGAUCGAGUUGACAUACCGGUACAAUCAAAACCAAAAGGUCAUCAUCCUCGCGCACUCGAUGGGCAACCCAGCAAUGUUGUAUUUUUAUAAAAAUUAUGUAGAUCAGGCCUGGAAAGAUAAAUACAUUCAAUCGCACGUGAGCCUGGCUGCGGCGUGGGGUGGCUCGAUGCAGAUCAUCCGGCUUUACGUUUCAGGCUAUAACAUGAACUAUUACCGGAUUAUACUACCGCCUUCAAGCCUACGCUCUAUGCAACGGUCGUUCACUUCAUCGGCUUUUUUGUUUCCAUCCAAGGUAUCGAAAACU